UUCAGCUGUGCCCUGCAGUUGUUCAAAAUUUUACUUACUUUUACUUACUGAUUUGCCGAUGUAUUUGUAAACACCGAUGCUUUAAAAAGAAGAGUUGAAAUCAGUGCUAUUUCUCUCUACCUCUUUCCGCCAUAUUGUGCUUCCACACAAAACAAAGACAGGGCACGCCAUGCCUUCCUCAAACUCAUUGGUUACACUGCUCAAUGCUGUUCUUGCAAUCUUCGUGGCUGUGAUGUUUUUUAUACCUGUUUACAUUGCGUUUUCUGGGUUACACGAGAGCGCAGACGAAGACGCAGUCUUCUCACCAGAAACAAUAGUGUUGACUCCAGAAGAAACUCAUACCUGUCUUGACCCACCUUACGUUUCGCCGACGAAUGACAGACCAAACAACCAGGAGGAAGAACAAAGAUUAAUAGCUGCUUUGACAAACCUGCAGACGAAGUGUGAUCAUCUUGUAUUGCCUGGAUCACCUAAUCACGCACUGACAACGAAUCAUGAAGAUCUGCGAUGGAAUUCGUACGUUUGUAUCGGAGGAAAAACAGGCCUGACAAAGAAUAAUUGUUUGAUCUAUUCUUUUGGCAUCAAACACUUGUGGGAGAAGUUUCCAAGCAAAGUGGAAAUGGACCUCGGCUGUCAAGUAUUCGGAUUUGACCCAGGUCUCGACUAUAUUGACCAUUACCGCACGGCGAAAGUGCGGUUUUUUAACGCGAGAUUGUACGACAAGGAUCAACAAGCGCAAUACCGAAUAUCGGGUCCACCUGGUUGGAAAUAUCGAACAUUUUUAACGUUAAUCAAAGAACUACAUUUCAGUGACGAACCAAUCGAUCACGUUCGUCUUGAUAUAACAGCAGACCUGUGGCAAGGGAUAUCCACAAUGCUUAAGGAUGGCAGCCUGUUAACCUACGCCAAACAGCUCAGCUUUGAAUACGACUUGAAUAAGAAGAAUGUCACACAAAACAGAGAGAUAUUUACCAUCACACAAUGGUUAAACAAACAAGGAUUUCUAUUGGCUCACAGCCAGCCAACCAAACUCAGCGGUAAAUCCUAUUCAGUGGUUUAUGUCAACACGAAAAUGAACGAUGCACGAUGAGAAGUCCAACCCAUAGAAAAUGGUAGUUAUUAUACAUUUAUAUACUUGUCGAAAAUAAGCAAAAUAAAAAAUAUACACAGCAUUCAGCAAGAUGAAUCUGAUCUUGUAAACAUUAGGGCUACGUUUACACGAUGUCUGACGAUUUGGGAACGUUCCGAAAUUCGUCCUUUUUCGCCUGUUUACACGGAACCAUGCAAAUUCUGGUCCUUUUUUGUCGAGUGUUUACACAGUACAUCAAGGCUAAUUUUGCUAUUGGUUAUAGGUUAUACUUCAUGUAAAAAUACAAUAUGAGCAUCGUCCUGUUUAGAAAUUUCAAAUUUAUAGUCUGUUCCGUGUUUCUCGUGUCCGAACGAAAAGACGAAAAGGACGAACCGGUUCCAAAUUCGUCCGGUGCGAUGUAUACGGGGCCUGGAUAACAAAUACGUCCGGAAAUGAAUGUGCAUUUAGCUAUUUUUUAAGCCCCAUGCAGACGGGUAAGUUUUCAUUGACAAGUUUUCUUGACACGAACAAGUUUUCGUUGACAAACACGGCAAGAAUUGGCAAACACGGGCCUUCGUUACUCUCUGCUGAUGUUUUUUAAACCUCUUAUAACUACAUUUUGCGUAGUUAAAUCGUAGUUAAGUCAGAAACAAAUGACUCUGAUUGGUCAAUUCUGUCACUAACUAUAGUUAAAAGUUAACUACGUUUUUAUACAACCGGCCCCUGCAUGGUACUAUGCAAAAUUAUGCCCCGUACAGACGGGCAAGUUUCCUUCGACAAGUUUUCGUUGACAAGUUUUAUUUGCUCGUGUGUACGCGAAAAAAUUGACAAGUUUUCUUUGACAAGGAGCUUUGUUCAAAAGCUAGUCAUGCCAGCUUUUCAACAAGGAAAAAUGGCCGUCAAAGAAAAACUUGACAAGUAAUUGCGCAAGCAGCAACAAUCUACGACUUCGAGCCAAUCGAACGAGUUUUAUCAUUUCUGUUUGUUUUGACUGAGAUUCGGUCGUAUACUCAUAUUAUCAUGCCUCAUAUUAUCGUAAAAUAUAAUCAUAUCAUCGUAAAAUAUACUCAUAUUAUCGUAAAAUAUACUCAUAUU